ACAGGUUGAUACACAGACAGACACACAGGUAGACAAACAGGUUGAUACACAGACAGACACACAGGUAGACACACAGACAGACACACUGGCAGACACACAGGAAGACACACAGACAGACAGGGAAGUCUUGCCAGAGAAGGCGGCCAUCUUAGUGAGGGAAGGCUCCAUGGAAAAUGCGGCCAUCUUGGUAAGGGGAGCCUCGACAGAGAGGACGGCCAUCUUGGCAAGGGAGGCUACUACGGAGAGGGUGACCAUCUUGGACAGGGAAGCCGCACCGGAGGCGGGGCCACCCGUGGAAGCGGCGACCAUCUUGGUGACGGAAGCCACAUCGGAGAGGGCGGCCAUCUUGGACAGGGAUGCCUUGACUGAGAGGGUAGCCAUCUUGGACAGGGAAGUCUCGACAGAGAGGACGGCCAUCUUGGACGGUGAAGCCUCGACGGAAAGGGUGGCCAUCUCGAUGAGGGGAACAUUGACGGAGAGGGUGGCCAUCUUGGCAAGGGAAGCCACUCCUGAGGGCGUGGCCAUCUUGGUGCGGGAAGCCUUGACGGAGAAGGCGGCCGUCUUGGACAUGGAAGCCGCACCAGAUUCAGGGCCACUCGUGAAUCCGGUGCGGGAAGCCUCGACGGAGGGGGUGGCCAUAUUGGACAGGGAAGCUGCACUGGAUGCAGGGGCGGCUGUGGAAGAGGCGGCCAUCAUGGCGAGGGGGGUCUCGGCGAAGGGAGCGACCAUCAUGGUGAGGGAUGCAUCGACGGAGAGGAUGGCCAUAUUGGACAGGGAAGCUGCACCGGAUUCAGGGCCACCCGUGGAAGAGGAGGCCAUCUUGGUGAAGGGAGUGGCGAUGGAGGGGGCAGCCAUCUUGGUGAGGGGAGCCUCGAUGGAGAGGGCGGCCAUCUUGAUGAGGGAAGCCACUCCCGAGAGGGUGGCCAUCUUGGUGCGGGAAGCCUCGACGGAGAAGGCGGCCAUCUUGGACAUGGAAGCCGCACCAGAUUCAGGGCCACUCGUGAAUCCGGUGCGGGAAGCCUCGACGGAUGGGGUGGCCAUAUUGGAUAGGGAAGCUGCAUCGGAUUCAGGGCCACCUGUGGAAGAGACGGCCAUCUUGGCACGAGGGGUUACGGUGAAGGGGGUGGCCAUCUUGGUGAGGGAAGCCUCGACGGAGGGGGUGGCCAUAUUGGACGGGGAAGCUGCACCGGAUUCAGGCCCGACCGUGGAAGAAGCGGCCAUCUUGGUGAGGGGGGUCUCGGCGAAGGGGGCAGCCAUCAUGGUUAAGGAUACCUCGACGGAGGGGGUGGCCAUAUUGGACAGGAAAGCUGCAACGGAUUCAGGGCCGCCCGUGGAAGGGGCGGCUAUCUUGGUGAGGGGAGUGGCGACGGAAGGGGCGGCCAUCUUGGUUAGGGGAGCCACCACGGAGAAGGUGGCCAUCUUGGAAGGGGGAGCCUCGAUGGAGAAGGCGGCCAUCUUGGUGAGGGGAGCCCCCGCGAAGGGGGCGGAGGCUCGGGUGGCUACCAGUGGCCAGGGUCGCUCCCCAUUGGCUGGCAAGCGCAAGAGGGGGCGGAGCAAGAGGGAGGGUCACGACCCUAGAGUUAAAGGCGACGAUGAUGGUGGUGAUGGUGAUGGUGGUGAUGAUGAGGUGGAAGCGGAGAAGAGAAUCAUCGGCAAGAGACGCCGCAUCGACUCUGAGCGGGCCGAGACGAAGCUGUACGGACCGGUGCUGUACGUGUGUGAGUGCGGCAAGCGCUUCACCCACACGGGCAACUACCGGAGGCACGUGCGCACCCACACGGGAGAGAGGCCGUACACGUGCCACCACUGUGGGCGGGCCUUCUCAGACUCAGCAGCAUGCAGGGCACACGAGAAGACACACAGCCCAUUGAAACCGUUCAGCUGCUCCAUCUGUAACCACAGCUACCGACUGGUGAGCCUCCUGAACCAGCACAUGAAGAAGCACAGUG